GCCCAGCUACCGAGAGUGACAAGCUAGCGGGCCAAUCGCGAACCAGAGCGCGGUCCUCCACUAGCCAAUCUCAGGCAAAGAGGAGAUCAAAGCGGAACAUCAGAGCGCCGACAGGAGUGGGGCGGGUUGCUUCUAGCAUUUGGAAAGCACAAUGGCAAGUAAGACCAUGAGAGAAGAAGCAGUGCCGGCAGCUCCUGCCUCUCCGGUGCAGGGAUUAGCCAAUGAGGUUUUGGUACAGAAGAGUCACUAAAGAAAAUGCAAGGAAAGAGCUUUCCCAGCAGGCUUCUUGGUAAAAGAGGAAUUAUUUCAUAGAUGACGUCACAGUUGAAAACUAAAUUCUUCAAGAGUUGAAGCACCAUUUAAGUGGAAGAGGAUAAAAAACUCUGGUCCAAAAUGAGUUACAGCACAUCUACUGUAAACAGUUUGUACCACAACAGUGCUACCACUUCUGAGCCAGACCAUGGGACAGCUGUGGAUGGGGCUGGAUCAAAAACUGCUACAAUGACCCCUGAAAGCAGCAGCUUUAACAGCACCAAAAUUCCAGAUGUGGCUAGCCAUGGCCCAGGCAUGGGGACCAUGUUGCUCUCUUUUGGCAUAAUCACGGUGAUUGGGUUGGCUGUUGCAAUGGUUCUGUAUAUAAGGAAGAGAAAACGACUAGAGAAGUUACGACAUCAACUCAUGCCCAUGUACAACUUUGAUCCUGCUGAAGAACAAGAUGAGCUGGAGCAGGAGCUGCUGGAGCAUGGCAGAGAUGCUGCUUCCUUGCAGGCCUCCCACAACAAGACAACUCAAGGAGUGCUCCAGAGACCUAGUCGCCUUGUGUUCACAGAUGUUGCAAAUGCUAUCCAUGCAUGAACAGUUCUUCAGGAUAAUGAUGCCAACCACGCAGCAGCUUGCAAUGGAUGGUAACCACUUAUUUCAGCUGGAAAAAGGCACCAGGAACCAGUAUAUCGCAAGAAUUAAGACUGUUAGUGCGCCAUCAAAAUGCCCCAUGCUGCUACACUCAGCGAUGGAUUGGUAAUGUCAGUACCAAGCUGUGUAAUGGAAGAUGCAAGGUUAUUUGUAGAUAAAUUGGUUAGAACACUUACAGUGAUGGGCUAAAGUAGGGAACUGGGCAUUCAUUUUCAAGGCCUCCCUCCCAUAGGUGCUUGUCGGAAUAUCCCAGUAUCAGAAUCCUGCACUUUGUGCAGUAGUAGACUUCAAAGGUAACCCAUUAUGCCAAUAUGUGUGGUUGUAACUUCCUGGAGCUAGAAGCCUGGGCAGCUGCCUCUAUUGUAUUGGUGUAAGUGUAUGAUAUUGUCCCAGGGUAUAUAUGAGCAUGUGGGUUGUCCCACCUCAUGUACCAGCUGUGUGUAAUAUGAACUGUCUGCAAAUCAUGACCACAAAACACAGCAUUUUCCUUGUCUUCCAUUAGGUUUCUCCUGCACAGGUGCUCUGCAACCCUUAGAGACAGCUGUCUGAAGAUCCAUUGUGAGUUAAAGCAUGCUCUUGUAUAUCAGAAGCACCACCUCUUCUGAAUUAGGAAUAGCACUUGCUGAUGCUAGAGGGAGGAAUAAGUAAGAGCAGCAAUAUUAAUGGAUCUUGAGUUAAUCCAUCCACUCCCUCUUCAGCCAAAGACAGUGAAAUUUGUCGAAGAACAAUCACUUCUGGAAGAACGUUGUGUAUACAUGCAUGUCUGACUUGAACUAAACAAUCAGAAAUCAGUUCACCUCCAUACAGUAUGGUUAUAAACCAUACAGCUGCUUUCUAGGAUCUGCAUUUUUCUUUUCGUUGCUUCUAAAAUAGGCAAGAAGCAGUGCAAAAAGGGCAAAAUAAUACUGUAUUUUACAUGCUAUCUAGAAUCUUGAGGAUAUAGUACUAAAGAAAUACCAGAUUUUGUUACAAGUAAAGACAGUUUAUUUGAGGGGGGUGGGGAGAGAAAACUUUCACAAACUUGGCCAGCUACCAUACAUUUAAUUUACAAGCAUUUUUGUUGCUGUCCAGUUUGUUUGGUGAUUGGUGUUCAGAAUGUAGAUGGUUCCUGCUCCCAUUGUUUUUGUCUGGGACUGAGAAACAGGGUGACUGUGUUCAUAGAACAUGGGGACUACAGUUGUGAUGAAGAAAGGCACAUGCUGUCAAAGGAAGGUCCCACUCCUUCAAUGCAUUCAGAUGUCAUGUUGAACUGAGGCUUAUAAACCAUGGCUUGACCAAACCCAAGUUAGUUAUGAAGUAUGAGUACAUAUGGCUCAAGAAAACUGAAGUUUGGGGGGGGGGGGUGUUACCAAACUGCUUUCAAAAUAGGGUUUCUAGCUAGUUUUGUAUUGUCUGUGGUUUGCUGUCACAUCUGAAUUCACAAAUCCAGUUAGUGGAGUAACAAUACCUCUUGAGACUCCAUGGCCAUAAACGCCAAUGAUAGGGGGAAGAUGGCUAUUGGGUGGUAGAAAGGAGUCAAAAACCAGAUAAACUGGAAUUUAUGAAAAGAGUUUAUUUAAGUCUGUUUAGUCGAACAGAGUUUAUUACAUAGACCAUGGAUUGUUUUAACCAUGGUUUAUCUAAAUGCAUUCCUUAUGUAUUGGAGGUUAAAUUUCUUUAACAGUAUGGUCCACAAGUAGUCAUAUUUUUCUUUUCAGUCAUGAAGGUUAUAAACUUCAUUUCAGUCUCAAAAAAGCCCCAUUGUGGCAUAGAAACUCAGGAGUCUUCAGUACCAACCCAGUUUCAACUUUGCAAAUUUAUUUCAUGCUCUGUGGUAUGUUUGUGCCUGGCCUUGUUUUGGAACCCUCCAGCUAUUUAUUAUUUAUGAAUUGAUUAGGAUUUUUUUUUAUCCUGCAUUUCCAUUUCCAUGCUCAAGCAGGCACACAAAAUCACCCUUACACAAAACAAUUGCAACAAAUGAGUGUCCAAUUAUAGCAAACCUAGUGAAUCAUUAUAUGGACAAUGAUUCUUGAUGGCAAUUGGAGAGACAAAGGGAGAGAGCUGCUUUUGGACUCCUGCUGGUGGUUGGAGUUGUCUUAUUAUGUCACCUCCAUGCAAAAAGAAGUAUAGAUUCUCAAACUUGACUAAAAAUCCCUCCACCAGUAUCACUGUGAAAAUCAAAAUAUUCCCCAUCCUUGUUCAAGAUUACUAAGUACAUUUUUUUGUAAUACUUAAUUAAAAGUGCUGGAAAAGGGAGGGUGGUCCCUGAUAUUUUGGAGCUAUUGGACUGCAAACUAUCCUAGCCAUAUAGCUCAUGUUGAAGAUACUGUAUAAGGCAAGAAAUCUUUUCUUUCAGUUCCAAUAAAAAACAAAAAUGGCAAUUGUAGCAGUGGAGCUCUAGUGUUCCCACAGGUGCAAGUAGCAAAAAUUAAAUUAUAUAGCAAUAUAAAGAUCCAACAUAAUAUGCAGUGUCAGUGUAGACAUUUGUGGGGCCUUAUGCACUACAGUGCAAUGCCACUGGGGGAGCUCUUAAGCAUUUAUGUUCUGUUUAUCAGAGCAAAUAAUAUCGUAGUGAUGAUGUAAGUAUACUGGUUGUUCUCUUUUAUGCAAGACAACUACAUCAUAACAGAACCAUCUUCAUCUUUCAAGGCAUAUUCUUGAAAUGUCAUUUGGGAAGAAGGGAUAACAUAAUAUGUUUCUUCCAUCUUCAUGCUCAAAAUGCCUUCUAUCUUUACUCUCUGUGGGUAGAUUUUUGUAUGUAUGAGAUAGUAGUUCUGUGGAAGAGGAAAGUGGUAAUCCAUGAGUCUAUAUGGAAGACAUUCAGCAGUUACUCUGAUAAGUUUGUAGUAUACAUACGGUGCACGGAUCUGUAUAUUAGCACUAUUGGUGUACUUUCAUAUACUUUCCCAUCCAUUGUAUUUUGCCAGACAGAAAUGGGACUCUGGACCUGCGGAACAGUGGCAUGGGAUGAGGGGAAAAUAUUAUGCUUAUAAUUGACUUGUACAAAUGCCAGACUCCAUGCGUUGUCACUUAUCAGCCAAUUUAACUGUUUCCUACACAUUUAUCUUCCCCUUUGAGGUGUGUGUAAUCACAUAGGUAUCAUCCCACUGUCUUUUCUUGGAAGAAAUAUUUUUUCCUAAGAACAUUCACAUAAACUGCUAUUCACUUUCUUAGGUCUAUAUAAUACCCCUUGCAAUGAUUCUGAGGGCUCUUUUGAUUCUGCAGUUCACAGUUGACCUUAAUUCAACUUCUCAUACAGCUCAAGCAGCUGCUACUGUUGAAAUCUGGUAUUAAGGCUGAUGUUAGUGCCAUUCCAUAGAGGAUGCCAAUAAUAAGAUAAAGUAUGUGGAAGCAGAGGGCUGGAUUCUGGGCUGUUGUAAGACAGCUUUGCUUUAGUGACUUCAGAGUGCACCAGGCAGCCAUCAGAAUGAAGCCACUUUCAGUGUCUUUUUGGAGACUAUUUAGUCACACAUGACUAUGGAGUUGUCAGGAAUGCUGUUUAGUGGAAGUCAGCAAUGCCCAGUUUCCAAUUAUUCAGUUUCUUUUUCUCUUCUUCCUUUUUCUCAAUGACAACAUUGGUUCAUAAGCAUUUUCAAUAAUGAAGCAAAGAGAAAGAAAGAAAAAGCAAUGUGUUUCCCAAAGGCAACAAUAUGCACCAUGAAGUGCCAUUAACUGAAAUCUUUGCAAUUCUUCAGCACUUGAAUGCAUGGAGGCUAACUGAUUAACUUACUGCAUAUAUGGUACAAACAAGCAAUUUAAUCAUGUGCUGUUUUUGAAAUGUAUACUAUAAUAAGAAUGAGGCCAAGGAGGAAAUGAGAUAUUUGCCCAGCAAGCUCCAUCCUGCAUUGGGGAGGGGGGUGUCCUCCAAUAAUCUUCACUGAAUGACUUUACUGAAGGAGGGGAACAGUUAUUCACUAGGCUUAGAUGGCAGUAUUUCUCUAAUGCAAUAGCCCUUUUUUACAUGGAAGUGUCUGGAUAAUGUUGGAUAACCAUUACAAUGUGUUCCUGUGUUUGAGACAUCAUUAAAGUAUUUAUGUGAAAUUAAA